AUGAAGGGCGUGGUCGACUCUGGUGCCACGGCCUCGUAUUUUAUCUGCCCAGCUGACUAUAGCCUCGCCUUCGCAGUCGAUACUACUGACUCACCUCUUCGGGUAUCUCUGGCCGAUGGCAGCGUACUUAUGGUUUCCGAGUUGUUGGACCUGCAGUUCGAGAUCCGCGAUGUUUCGAGCACCGAUUGGUUCUGCCCAACGAAGCACGGUUUCCGCUUCGUAAGGCUAGCUUCCUCGUGCAAUGAUGCCGUACCAUAUUGUCUGAUCGGAAGGGAUCUGAUCAGCCAGCUUGGCAUCACUUUCUAUGGUGUGGACACUGCGUGGAUCGCCAACCGGUUGGUUUAUUCUUCUACGUCGGAUAAGGUGGACUUGAUCGUUGAUGUAUCUCCCUACGAGACGCUUUACCACGUCUGCGAUGAUUCCCCUAUUGAUCCGUCACGGUUUUCCGUUCUGGCUCCUGCACCAUGCCCCAACUCUGCCCUCUCAGUUUGCCUGCCGGAUACUGUGAAAUCUGAGCUGCAUGUUCUACUCGAUAAGCUUGUCGAGGAGGGGUGGUAUAUCAGUCCGUGGUCUUCAGCUUACAAAACCAGAUUCCGAAGGCUCGUUGAGGGCGAGUUCCGCGACGUUGACUGCCAACGAUACACUGCUCAGCUAGCCUUACCUUUACCACAAGUCCCUCGUUGCAAGCCCGCCGACUAUGCUCACGCUAUGUAUCGGCGACUACCCACCGAAUUACGGAAGGCCUAUACUUCCGCUGUCAGUGAGUACCUCCGGCAAAACUUCUGGCAACGGCCACACGCGGCCCUCUUACAGUCGCCGUCGUUCCAGUCUCAACCAUUCGCUUCGGUUUUCCUGGUCAAUCCCAAGAAACCUAGAUUGGUGCUGGAUCUACGGUCUCUAAAUUCGGCUCUACCAGCCUGUACUGUAAAGGUGGCUGCUCUAUGGCAAGUCCUGUGUAGCUUGCGAUUGAUAUCGCCUGAAUGCAUAGGGGCUAGUGAUGUACGGGCCGCAUUUUAUGCAGUGCGCCUCUGUGAUGAUGACGACGCCUUCCUGAAGUUUCUGAAGGUUCGUACUGGUAUUGGUGAUUAUGUCGUGAGCAGAGUUGGUUUCGGGGUGUCGCCGGGUCCUUUGGCUCUCGUUGAUACUUUGGGCCGAGCAGUCAGACGCUAUCGUGCAUCGGAGACCUCAAAAACAGGUUACAUCGUCGAUUAUCUGGAUGAUGUGCACUGCUUUGGCCUUUCUGUGCCCGUGGUUGCUAACCUGGCUCGGUUGAUCUAUCUUCUGUCAUGUGCUGCCUUCUGUAGUCAGCUAAAGAAGCUCGGUAUCGCAGCCAUCAUGGAGCAGAGACGGGUUGUCAACCAGAAACUUCAGGAGUAUGCUAUCGACAUAGUGGCAUCUGAUAGUGUCUCGGUGUUUGGCCUGAAUUUCUACUAUGCGUCAGCAUCAACUCUCCACGACGGAAACCUACUGGCAGUGGACUGCCAACGCACCGCCCGGCUGGCCAAGGCAUCAACAUUCUUCGACAUCGAACCCAUGGUGUGCGAUUCACAUUCGAAGAAAGCCUUCUAUUGUGUCGCCGGACUUCUGUCGUUUGAUCCUUGCCGGAUGCAUAGUUGCUGCCGCCUUCUAGCUGACGUAUUGCGGGCAUGCAUCGGUCGAUGGUUCUCCUCAACAUCAUGGGACGAGUGUUGUCACCUGUCGACCCUUGAUGAGGACGAUCGCCUUACUUACGUCGAGCUUGUCCGUUGGGGCCGUUUGCUUUGUGAAGAAGAGCGAGGACCUUGUCGACACACUACCAGCGUUAUGCCCCCGACGUCAGGUGAUACAGUGCCAUCUGUCACUCUGAAUGUCUCUAGCGACGCUUCUCUCUAUGGCGGUGGUGUCGUGAUCUGCCGGCAGUUACCUGAUGGCGGUGAUGAGACAGUCCUGGUCGACGCUCUACGUUUUAGUCCACGGCAGACCUUCUACAGCUCGAAUAGGAGAGAGCUUCUGGUGUGUCUGCAGGCGCUCCGGGCGUUAUCUUCGCUAUUGGACUUUGUAAGGUCGGCAGCGACUGCUCAAGACCGUGGUCUACGGCUCAAAGUCAACUUUGUGUCUGAUAACUCCUCAUCGGUUUCCUGGAUUGGUAACCCCGAGGCGGUCCUCCGCCUCCAGUCGUCCAAGGCCUUGGAGAAGAGAGCUGUCGCCCGACUCGUCGACGCUAUUAGCCUCGAGCUUGAUGCUAUCUGCAAG